AUGAACAAAUCUGCUACGGCAAUGGGAGCAAAAGUCGAAAGCUUCGCCCUUCGAAUGCGAAUGGAAAAACUCGCUCCCGGCGCUGUCAAAGGCUUGUUAGCAGCAGGCAAGCAGGAGCCUCCCCCUCAAUCCGGAGUUUCGAAGAAAGAAAUCAACGAAAUUCAAGCAGCGCUGAAAGGAAUGAAAGUCAUGGGCAAUUUUCAAAGCGCCAGCAUGCAGAAAAUCAAUCAACAGAAUGCCAAGAUAGAGGCGCGGAUCGACAAUUUAGAACGCAACUUUUCGAAACAAACUCAGCAGAUUCAAGACACCCUUCGUUCUGGCAAGAAAUUUGGCGGGAAACUUUCUCGUUGGCAAGCUCUUACAAGAAGAUUGGACUCGAUUAUCUCGAUUCCGCUGAUGGAAAAUCGAACUGCUCCUGUUGACUCGAAUGAAUUUCCGAUUAGGAGAGACAGAUUGCUUCAGACCGUCGAAAAAUUGCAUCGGACUUGGAUGAUCAAAUUUGAAAUCAGGAGCUGUCCUCAUUCGCUUGUUAUUGGCUCCUUUUUGGGCAUAUUAAUGAAGGCAGUAAAAGACCAUUAG